CUGGUGCUGGACAGAAUUCUAAUGGUUUGUUUUCGUUUGGAGCACCUCCAUGUGCCCGGCCCAUCUGCAAUUGCGUGUAGCCUACCCUGCCCCUCUGUGAUCAACAACAGCGUGCAGGCACACAGAGCUAGAAGUAUCAAGACAAGUAGACCUCCCAUUUUUAACGGACGGUGAUCAGGUACAUAGAUGACUGGGGCUGUCAGCAAUCUUAAUGAUUUGUUCAUUCGAGGCUGUUGCGGAUUUGUUUUUCUUCCAGUCUCAUAAUAUCAAGUGACACGGACACAGAGAAUACACGAGUGCACUCAUGCAGAUGCUAGUACCUGCUGAAGCGGAAUUGGUCUUUCAACUGGAAAUUAGAAAUUAGAGGUGGCAAUCGCUAAACGUUUCGAAAUCAGAGUAUUCAGUGCAUUUUAUUUUAUUUUAAUAUUUCAUGUAAUGCAGAUAACAACCGCGAGCUUUCCCGUUCCGAGUAUUCCUUCAGUGCGUCAUUAAAUUGCAAUAUAAAAUAAGGGAAGCGAGUUUAGAAACUUCAAAUCCAUAACAACAACAACAACAACAAAAAUGGGCAGCACUGCGAUGGACACGAAGAAAAAGAAAGAUUCUUCGACGAAGAAGAACCAGAAAAAGAGAACGCUUCGAUUAAACAUGCCAGAUCUCAGCGCGUUUGCAAUGCCUUUCCUUGAUGGGGAUAUUGACAGUUCAGAAAAGGAUGGCAUACGAAAGGCAGAAAGCAGCUGUCCCUCAAGCAGCCCCACCAAAGGCUUCUUCUCAAGGGCACCUCCCUGCCGGCCCUCCAGCCCCAUGUCAGCACCGGCCCGGUCCAAACAAAGCCCGGGCUCUCCCAAAACCCUCUUCCCCUACUCCUACCAGGAGUCCCCGCCCAAAACCCCCCGCCGCAUGAGCUUCAGUGGAAUGUUCCGCUCCUCCUCGAAGGAGUCCUCCUCCAGCACCUCCACGUCCCCUGUGAGCAUCAAGUUCUUCUCGAGGUCCAGGAAGGCCUCAGGACCCCCCUCUCCACCUUCUACUCCAACCCAAGCGACCAAACAGCCCUCCUUUCCCCUGGAGGCAUACAAGAAUGAGCCAGAACGGUUAGCGGCGCGUCUCCGCUCUUACUCCUCCCCCCCGGACACUGGCCAGCGUCUCUCCCUCCACACGGGCCAGACUGUGGUCUCAGCCAAGCCGCCCACACCCUCCCCGGCCCCCAUUGCUACCUCAGCACCUGUUCACGGGUUAGCAGAAGGCAUGCUGGAGAAACUUGAGCUGGAGGAUGAAGCUGUUGAAGAAUCAGAAAGUGAUAUUUACAUGAGGUUUAUGAAGUCACACAAGUGCUAUGACAUCGUGCCGACCAGCUCCAAGCUUGUUGUCUUCGACACUACAUUGCAAGUUAAGAAGGCUUUCUUUGCAUUGGUGGCGAAUGGUGUCCGCGCAGCCCCGCUAUGGGAGACUAAAAAGCAGAGCUUCGUAGGAAUGUUAACAAUUACAGACUUCAUUAACAUACUGCACAGAUACUACAAGUCGCCGAUGGUACAAAUCUACGAGCUAGAAGAACACAAGAUUGAAACAUGGAGGGAACUGUACUUGCAGGAAACGUUUAAGCCUUUGGUGAACAUAUCUCCUGAUGCAAGCAUAUUUGAUGCAGUGUAUUCGCUCAUCAAAAACAAAAUUCACCGGUUGCCAGUUAUCGACCCUGUCAGCGGGAAUGCACUUUAUAUCCUCACUCACAAGAGAAUCCUGAAGUUUCUGCAACUUUUUGUAUCGGAGAUGCCAAAGCCUGCCUUCAUGAAGCAGAACCUGGAAGAGCUGGGGAUCGGAACCUACCACAAUAUUGCCUACAUCCACCCAGACACUCCCAUCAUAAAAGCAUUGAAUAUAUUUGCUGAUAGGAGAGUGUCCGCGUUGCCUGUGGUGGAUGAAUCAGGAAAAGUUGUAGAUAUUUAUUCCAAAUUCGAUGUUAUAAACCUCGCUGCUGAAAAGACAUACAAUAACCUUGACAUCACGGUGACCCAGGCGCUGCGGCACCGCUCUCAGUACUUCGAAGGCGUUAUGAAAUGCAACAGGCUGGAAACACUGGAAACCAUCGUGGACAGGAUAGUCAAGGCAGAGGUCCAUCGACUGGUGGUGGUUGACGAGAAUGCCAGUAUCAUGGGCAUUGUCUCCCUGUCGGACAUUCUCCAGGCUCUGGUGCUCACGCCAGCAGGUAUAGAUGCUCAACAUUCCUAACUUCCAGGAAUCUGACCUCUCACCCCCUCCCACAGGCCCUCAGGUGCUAAAAGAAAGGCGAGCGUGGUGGAAGUAGCGGAGUGAUGGCAUGCCGGUCGAAGCUGCUUGACGAGAGCUUGAACGCACAGGGUUCAUUCAUCCCGGCUGUGCUCUGUUUGGGAGGCGAGCGAAGUUGGACCCCGGAGUUGUAGGGAUUGUUCUGAGUAACGUGUUGUAAGAGGAAGUGAUGGGCGACCUCAGGGACUGAUUCAUAGGGAUUGAUUCACGGCAGGGCCAGUCUACACAAUGGAAGUCCACUUUUAUUUCCCAAAGGGAAUCGUAACAUCAGUUCAGACGGCUGGUUUCACAGGCCCCGAGUAAGCCCUGGUCUUGGACUGCCUUGCCUAGGUAAUUUGGUAGUUCACGAUUAGUGGCUAUCGGGGUCUGUCAGACCAGCUGUACAUUUCAGAUUUCAGUGGCUUUGGUAAGAAAAUAAAUAAUAAUAAAAAGUGGAAGGAUUUUUAUUUUUAUUUUUAUUUUUUUUUAAGUUGACAACCAGGUCAGUUAAAAUAAGCUUUUUAUGAAUUCUUUAUGGGAGGAGUUUCAGACAUGCCUUUUGAAUCAAGUAUAAAUUUCAAUUUAAAAAAUAGCAACACACACUUUUGUGUUGCAUUGAACAUGGAAUCCCUUUGAAUGAACUACUUUUAACUUUAAAUGCUGCUGCAUUAAAUGUCUGGCUAACACACAUUGGGCAUAUGAAUUUAAGUAGAUCUUCCCUCAAAUUGACACGAGGCAGGUUUAUUGCGUCCUUGUAUCAUUAGUGCCUUACUAUAUGUCAGGACACAGUCAUGUGGCAAGUGUCGCCCAUCACUGGCUGCUAAUGAAGUGAAUGUUAACAAAUCAAUACUAUAAUUGAAUGUGAAAAGUCUUUAAAACCAAAACCAUGCAAAGUGAGUGUUCAUCGCUAACUUGUCAAAAACAAACAAACACAAAAUCAUAAGCUGAUUUAAAGUUUUUUUUAUUUUUUUUAUUUCAGAACAAAAAAUUAAAUUGAUUGCUUUCUUUAUUUUGGAGAAACUUUUUUCCAUUUGGAUCAUGCUGUAGAGAAGAGGGUUUAUUUAUUUUUGCUUUUUAAUAGCGUCUGUUAUAUUAAACACGGGUGGCGGAUUGGAGGGGUGCGCCCCAUAUGUAUUAAGAAAUGGUUUCGAUGGUUGUUGUUGUUAAAAUGAUUUGUUUGGACCCUCAUGGCAGUCCAUGCAUCCAAGCUACAUGGCAAUGAAAACAGCCCCCUGCACUGUAAAUAGAAAGUUCAUAUUGAGGAAGCUGAAGUGCCAGAGAGAGCUAUAUUUUUCUGUGUAUGAAAAUGUAAAAUCAUAUUGUUUGUAUGAUUGCAGAUUUAAUUUUUUGUAACUGUUAUUGUGGCAUAUAUUGUUUUCAUACGGUUGCGUAGAUUCAGGAAAGUUUCUCCAUGCAAAUGCACAUUAAAGGCAUGAAAAUGACACUAUAACAGUAA